UAAUUUCGAAAGGCCAUAUUGGUCGGAGAAGCACAGUAAAAGCGUUUUGGUGCGAUUUUCAGCGUGAAAUUAAACCCGUAUUUUCCACCACAGUGUGUGAUAUUUAGUAUUGAAAUUGCCGUGAGACUUGUGCAGAAUAAUGUCUGGAAUAGCAAUUGCGCGUCUGGGUGAAGAGAGGAAGGCAUGGAGAAAAGAUCAUCCAUUUGGCUUUGUGGCGCGCCCCACGAAAAAUCCCGAUGGCAGUCUCAAUCUUAUGGUUUGGGAAUGUGCCAUUCCCGGAAAGAAGGGGACGCCAUGGGAGGGUGGCCUGUUUAGGCUCCGAAUGAUCUUCAAAGAUGACUUCCCCACGAGUCCACCCAAGUGCAAAUUCGAGCCACCACUCUUUCAUCCCAACGUCUACCCCUCCGGCACCGUCUGCCUCUCCCUCUUGGACGAGGAGAAGGACUGGCGUCCGGCGAUUACCAUCAAACAGAUCCUUCUGGGCAUCCAAGAACUGCUCAUGGAGCCCAAUAUCAAAGAUCCUGCGCAGGCGGAAGCGUAUACAAUCUACUGCCAGAAUCGGCUAGAAUAUGAAAAACGGGUGCGAGCACAGGCCAGAGCCAUGUCAGCCACCGAAUAAGAACCGAUAUCUCACUAUCUUUUUUUUUCUGGAUCCUCUCGCUGUUGGGCUUGGUUUCCGGGGGUCUCAGAGAGUUUAUCUUAAAAAAAAAAAAACAAACAUUUCUGUCCGGAAAAACCUGCCCUUUCCACCAAGAUUUCCUCUUAAUUUUUUUUUUAUAUUUACUUUCUUUUUCAAGCGCCGACGACAACGUUAAGAGGAUCAAAUUUCCAUUAAAUUAAGUUUCUUUUUUGUGACAGAAAAUAUAGCAAAGGAUUCUUUAUUUUCUUUAA